GGCGGAGUAUCACAACUCUAUGUACCGGCAGAAGAGAUUUGGUUACCGGAUAUUGUGCUCUAUAAUAAUGCUGAUGGUAACUAUGAGGUGACAAUAAUGACAAAAGCCAUAAUUCAUGAGUCCGGGAAAGUGACGUGGAAUCCGCCGGCAAUUUAUAAGAGCUCCUGUAAUAUAGAUAUAAUAUAUUUUCCAUUUGAUCAGCAGGAGUGUAUAAUGAAGUUCGGCAGCUGGACCUGUUGCGAAGAGCCGUAUCCGGACAUCACAUUCAAUAUAACGCUUCGUCGAAAGACACUGUUCUAUACGGUUAAUCUCAUCAUCCCUUGUGUUGCCAUUUCUUUCCUAUCAAUUGUCGUCUUCUACUUGCCUCUUUCCAUAUCUAUAAUGCUAUCGUUGGGCGUAUUCUUCUUGUUAUUGGCCGAAAUCAUUCCGCCAACGAGUCUAGCGGUGCCACUGUUGGGAAAGUAUCUAUUGUUCACAAUGAUCCUGGUCACUUUCUCGGUCGUUGUCACCAUCGCUGUGCUUAACGUUAACUUCCGGUCUCCGGCCACACAUCGAAUGGCGCCGUGGGUUAGGAAAGUGUUUCUCAAUGUUUUGCCCCGACUUUUAUGUAUGCAAAGACCCAAACGAGAAGAAGAAGAAGAGACACAACUCGAAGACGACAAGAAGUAUAUCUAUAGUAACAAUAAAAGUGAUCCGCGAAUGAGAGGCUCGCCAUCCGAUAUUGAAUUGCCGGACAAACCGAUUAUGUUUAACAAAAUGGGAGUCACGAGACUUAGCUCUAACUCACUUAACGGUCUCAAUGACUUCCCUCCGCCGCCACCGCCCGAAAAACUACACAUUCCUCCCAUCAAACCCUUGAUCCCCACCGGAGAUAACGCAUGCAUUGAUAGAGUGAACACAACUCUUCCCACUUAUGAUGCAGAUUGCGAUCCAUUUGUGACGGAUGGGGAGCCCAUCAGUCCAUUAGCUCCCGGAUCGGUGGCCGACGAAACAGAGAUAAUGAGGAGAAAGUUAUGCCCUGAGAUGGAGAGAGCGGUGGAGGAGGACUGGAAAUACGUAGCCAUGGUUUUGGACCGACUCUUUCUAUGGAUAUUCGCCUUUUCGUGUGUAAUCGGAAGUAUUCUCAUCAUAUUCAGCGCCCCUUCGCUCUACGACCAGACCCUUCCCAUUGAUGUCAAACACACCAAAUUAGCUUAA